AUGAAGCUUCCACAGCUGCCAAGGUUGCAUCCGCGCCCUCGAAACCAUCCCAGUCCAUCACCAACGCCAACUCGUAGCAAUAUCCUUUUCCUUCAUUUCGUCAUCUGCACGCUCGUUGCCUUCCUCUUCGAUGUUCUCAUGCCUGUCUCCGCUGCUGCUGCUGGGCUAGUCGACGAACCCAACGCCAGCAGCACCGCAAGCAACCCUCAUCGCGACUUGAUACGAUCAGGUCGACAUCACCAACUUGCUUCGGCUGGCUCUCGUUUUCGCAGCAUCCCAUCGACACGUCCCACCUCGGUCUCCGAUCUUGUUCUCGCAAAUACCCUCGUGCUCACCACUGUGGAAGGCGGCCUUUACGCGCUCGACCGAGAGACGGGCAAACAGCUCUGGUCGCUCUCUCCGCACGCCAGCCACGAAUCCGACUCGCUCCUGCGCCCGCUCGUCACAGCUCUGUACGGCAAGGACCAAAAGUCCUUUGCCGAGAUUGCACAGGGCGGACGUGCGUUCACGUCUCCUCUCAGCGAUUCGUCACCUCUCCUCGAGACCGGUGGCAUCUACAUCGUCGAGCCAUCUUCUGCCGGUGACAUCUACGUGCUGUCUGCCGCCGCGGGCGCCAAGGCUCGCUCGGCUUCGGCUGCAAGCGGCGAGCGCGGUACCGUCCAGCUCGACAAGCUUCCGUUAACCUUGCCGCAGCUCGUCGAGCUCAGCCCUUUCUCCUUUGCCGGCGACGACACGCGCGUCUUUGUCGGCCAGAAGCAGACCACACUCGUCGAGCUCAAUAUUCACACUGGUGAGCUCGGUGCUGUCUUUGGAGGUCGCCAGGCCGGAGUUUGGUGCGGCGCCCAAGCGCACGACCUCGAUCCCAACCUUGACGGCACAUCCGUACCCGCAGACGCAGAAUCGUGCAUCGAUGACGAGCCAACACUGUCCGGCUCCUCGGCCAAAUCCACUUCUCAGCUUGCUUACAUUGGCAGGACCGACUACACACUCAACAUCCACUCGCGAAGUUCGCCCGAAGCACUUCAGACCCUCCAUUUCAGCACGUUCGCGCCCAAUGCAGGCGAUCGAGACGUUCAGAUCCUCUGGGCACAGGCUGAUCACCCGGACCACCGCGCUGUUCUGGGCAUGCCCGAAGAUGGCAGCGUCGUCUGCUUCAACCUCACCGAAGCCGAUCGCGCUGCUCGCGCAGGUAGUACGCACGACGAGCAUGCAACGCCCGCGCUCUGGUCCGCCGAGCUUCAGGCCAGUGUGGCAGGCGUGUUUGACGUAGUCUACCCGGCGGCACAUCUGCAAAAUACAAAGUCACUCAGCCGCCCUAUCCUGGUGCCCCAUCCUCCCAUCCCGCUGCAUCGCCUGUUCCCGCAGAUCAGCGAGCAUCCAGAGCAAGAAUACGAUGCACACGAGUACCCAGCCGCGCUUUCUCCGCGGCGCCGAUCCGCAUACCUUGGCAUCGCCGGUGACAGCCUAUACGCCAUGAGCUCUCAUCGCUUCCCGCUUGUAGCCUUCACCUCCAAGGCGGCGGCUGGUCUCACUGAUGGUGUCAACUCACCAGCGAGCGGCAGCGAGGUAUGGAUCCCUGGACUGCCCUCUUCGCACAAAGGCUGGGCGAACGAGGGCCAGCGCAAAUGUGCAUCGUUUGGCUGCUGGCUCGGCAGCUAUUCGCUCCAAGUAGAUUCGACGGCAGAAGGAAGGUUGCGCGACUCGCUGUUGGGCUCGCAUCCCACGCUCGAGAUUGAUGGUGCCUCACCCCGAUUGAGUAUUGGCGACCGUCCCGCUUUCCCACCUUCUUCCCAGGCCAACGAUUCAGAAGGCUCGCCCCGUGAUGGGUCAUCCUCGGCAUCUUCGAAGCCUUCUCCUUCCUCGCGAAGCCACAAGAAUGGCGUACCCCGUUCUCGCCGACCAGGCAGUCGGGGUUCUAGAGACGACGCCUCGUCAGACCCGAAGCCUGGCUCCGACAAAGCGCCUCGUCAGCCAAGGGAGCAAUUCGAUCCUUCCGAGCAAAGCUGGAAAGCGCGCAUGGCCAUGAUCCUACUCCAGCUCAUCUGCGUGCUCGUCAUUGCUAUCCUUGCCGGUGCCACCUAUGCUGGCCUGCAAGAGCAAAGAGCGCGAGCUGAGCGACAGGCGGCAGAGAUCGCCAAAGGUGUCGUCUGGAUCCCGGUGCUCAAGGAGGACGAGGCAGGUUUUGGUGGAGAGGCAGCCGCUGAAAAGAUCCGUGCCGAGGAGGAGCGUCAAUUGCAACAAGCCAUCGUUUUGUCUAAGAGGGCAGUGCCUGGCGUGGGCACCUCAGCUGUUAAAAUUGCAGCAGCUAAUGAUGACGAGGAUGACGAAGGCGAGGACGGUCAAGAUGGGUCCACCUCGGCGUCUAAGAAGAAGUCAAAUAAGCGCAGACGCAGGGGCAAGCGUGGAGGGGCUGCCGUCGCUGCCAAGGCAGCCAAGGCGAACGGCAAGGAGGACAGUCCUGAGGCGUUGGAGAACGGUAAGGAAAAGGCGGAUGGUGACGACAACGAGGUCGACGAUGACCAAGAAGAAGCACCUACUCGUGCUGAUGCUGAGAGCACAACAUCGCCGCAAAAGCGUCAAGAGGACGUUCUGUCGACACCAUCGAAGCAUGCCAAUGGCGCCGACGAACGCAACGAGGUCAACGGAUCUGCUGCUGCAGCAGCAGCAGCAGCGGCCGCGAGUGUCUCUGAUAGCUCUUCGUCGAACGAGAAUGAGCCAGAGACCCCUCGAAAAAGCGACGUCGCUCUUCAGAGCAAGCCUGGCAAAAUCAGCGGUCUGCGCGGGCCCAACAUGCAGCUGGGCGCAAGCGGCAGCCUGCAGCGGGCGCAGCAACUCAUGUCACCGCAACUACGAUCGCCGCUGCUCAACACAGGCUGGGGCGGAUUCGAAGAGGAAGACGCAGCUUCCGUCGGUCGGGCCGCAGCACAAAUCGCAGCGAGCGGCCAAAGCCAGUUUGGCGGCUCAGCGCCCAACAACGGUGUCAGCACGUCGUCGCUGACCAUCUCGGAGGAGGUGCUAGGCUAUGGAUCUUCGGGUACCGUCGUCUUCAAGGGCACAUUCCAGGGACGGGCGGUGGCGGUGAAGCGUCUGCUGCGCGACUUUGUCCAUGUCGCCUCGAAGGAGGUGUCGCUACUCGAGUCGGCUGACAACCAUCCGAACGUGAUUCGCUACUUUUACAAGGAGCUUACACCGAGCUUUUUGUUUAUUGCGCUCGAGCUGUGCCCGGCCAGUCUGGCCGAGGUGGUGGAGAGGCCGGCCGACUAUCGCGAUCUGAGUAACUUGCUCGAGCCCAAGCGGGCAAUGCACCAGAUCACGUCCGGGCUGAGGCAUCUGCACUCGCUCUCGAUCGUGCAUCGCGACAUCAAGCCUCAGAACAUCUUGGUGGCUACAUCGACGAAUGGGAAACACCUCAAAAUGCUGCUCUCGGACUUUGGCCUGUCGAAGCGGCUGGACGGGAUGGCGCAGACGAGCUUUUCGCAGACUGUCAACAAUCCGGGCGGUACUGUGGGCUGGCGUGCGCCCGAGAUCUUACGCGGCGACGUCAACCUCGAUGCCGGGUCGGAGUCCGAGUCGUCGAUGGGCAACAAUCCCAGGGCGACGUCGAGUCGUGAGGAGAAGCAGCGUCUCACGCGUGCUGUCGACGUGUUUGCGCUCGGAUGCUUGGCAUACUACGUGCUAUCGAACGGCGACCAUCCAUUCGGAUCUCGCUUUGAGCGCGAGAUGAACAUUAUUCGGAAGAGGGUGGAUCUGUCGCGAUUGGAUGGGUUAGGCGAGGAGGGACACGAGGCGCAGGAUCUGGUGCUGAAGAUGGUCGCGCACGACCCACGGGUUCGACCUUCUGCGGCCGAGGUCCUGACGCAUCCGUACUUUUGGGACCCGAACAAGCGGCUCAAUUUCCUACAGGAUGCGUCGGAUCGGUUCGAAAUCAUGGACAAGGAUCCGCCUACGCCGGCGCUGGUUCUGCUUGAGUCCAAAGCACGCAACGUGUUGGGCACCGACUGGCACCGACGAUGCGACAAGAUGUUCCUGGAUAAUCUGGGCAAGUUCCGCAAGUACGAUCCGUCAUCUGUCCAAGAUCUGCUCAGGGCGAUGCGCAACAAGAAGCACCACUACCAGGACCUGCCUCCAACGCUAAAGAAGAUCCUGGGCAGCUUGCCGGACGGGUAUCUGAACUACUUCACGCGCAGGUUCCCGGAGCUCUUAUUGCACGUGUACAACACGAUCGUCGACCAGCCGCUGAUCAGGACAGAACCGGUGUUCAGGGAGUACUUCCACUGUGCCGAGCCUGAUCAUUAG